UUUUUAAGAAGACCGACUGGCAACACUGCUUUGACGUUUGCUUUCUUUCAUAUUUUGAUGGUGUUGUUGUGAGAUUGUAUGAUAAUUUAAACCUUAACAAUGUCGCUGGUAAUUCCGGACAAGUUUCAACAUAUUUUACGUAUUAUGAAUACAAAUAUUGAUGGAAAACGUAAGGUAAUGUUUGCUAUGACCGCUAUCAAAGGAGUUGGUCGCAGAUAUUCCAAUAUCGUGUUGAAAAAAGCAGACAUAGAUCUUGAUAAACGUGCCGGAGAGUGCACUGAAGAAGAGGUUGAAAAGAUUGUCACUAUAAUGUCAAACCCAAGGCAGUACAAAAUCCCAGAUUGGUUUUUGAAUAGACAGAAAGAUAUUGUCGAUGGUAAAUACAGCCAGUUGACAUCCUCUAACUUGGAUUCAAAGCUUCGUGAAGAUCUCGAGAGGCUAAAGAAGAUUCGAGCCCAUAGAGGUAUGCGUCACUACUGGGGCCUCCGUGUCCGUGGUCAGCAUACUAAAACCACUGGCAGGAGAGGCAGAACUGUGGGUGUCUCUAAGAAGAAGUAAUUUACACUAAUAAACAAGUAUCAUCUAAAAAA